CGGACAGGCCGCUCAGUCGUGAGACACGCCCCGGCCGGAGGAGAUCGCCCGCCGGUGUCGAGCGCCCCCUGGCGACCCACAUGGCCUGUCAAGUCACCGGCCAGUAAGCACGACAGACGCAAGCUGUUCUGCGCCCGGCGGACGGUGUGUGUGGCAACGAGGCGCCGACGAGCGGGGCGGCGCGGGAGCAGAGCGCAGACGAGCGGGGCGGCGCGGGAGCAGAGCGGACACGAGCGGGGAACGGAGCGCAGACGAGCGAAGAAGCGCGGGAACAGAGCGGGGACGAGAGAAAGAGCGCGGGAACGGAGCGAGGACGAGCGGAGCGGCGCACGGAGAGGAGGAUCGCAGGGCGGGAGCGGCCGGACGGUGGUGUGAGGCGACUCCGGACGCAGUCUGAGGCGGCACCGGACGCAGUCUGAGGCGGCACCGGACGCAGUCUGAGGCGGCACCGGACACAGUCUGAGGCGGCACCGGACGCAGUCUGAGGCGGCACCGGACGCAGUCUGAGGCGGCACCAGACCCGCGGCUAGCGCUGAGCGCAGCAGUGUACCAUCCACCGGCUGAGUGCACACGCCUGCGCGGGUCGUCGUCCCAACAUGUCGGUGCAGUCCGGAAUGUUCCAGCGCCUGUUCCUGAGGCGGCACAGGACUGUGAGCGGCAUGCACGCCUACAACAUCGAGUACGUGCCCUACAGCAAGGACCGCCUGGACGACAUCGUCGAACUGAUGUUGGAUACCUUUUUCACGCACGAGCCGCUGGCGCUCAGCGUGCAGCGAGCACCGGGAUCGGGCCGCGAGGACGUGCUGGACUGGCUGCGUCCGUGCAUCGCCGGCUGGACCCAUGACGUCAUGCUGCUGGCCGUCGACGCCGACGAGGACCGGCUGGUGGGCGCCACGCUCAACAAUGUCAUCACGGCCGAGCACCGCGACACGUGGAGCUGGCCGCGCCACGCCGGCACCGAGUACGCCCGGCUCGUGUUCGACUUCACCGAGGAGCUCGGGCACGGCGUGGACGUGUUUGCACACUUCGGAGCCACGCGCAUUCUGCACCGCUGCAUGACGGCCGUGCAUCCCGACUACCACCAUCAGGGCAUCGCUAAGGAGCUGGUCGAUACCAGUUCGUUCGACCUGGCACGCAAGGACGGCUGCCAGGCCGUGGUGGCCGGCGUCACGCACCGCACCGCCCAGAAGAUCCUGCUCAACCAGGGCUUCGAGGUGCUGCGGGAGCUGCGCUACUGCGAGAGCAAGACGCUCGCCGCCAGCCCGUACUUCGACGAGAACAGGCUGGGCCACCACAAGUCGGCCAAGCUGAUGGGCGUCUCGCUGACGGAGACCUAGCCGCGCCGCCGCCGCCGCCGCCGCCGCCAAGGGCAGGCCAACGUAAACAGCGCGCGAUGGCAGUCGAAUCUGGAGCGUGGCGCGAGACCGGGCGCGCCGCAGCCAGCUCGCGGGGCCGCAGGGGACGGGGGUGCCGCAGCGGCGUCGCCCGAGGCCGGCGCGAGGACGCGGCAGCGGUGGAGCCGACCACGCUGGCGCCGUCGCGGCGGUGCCCACCGACACUCGACGGCGGUAUCCAGCGGUACUCCAAGCGCUCCGUGGCUGUCGCGCUGGUGUUGGAUGUUACGUGUGCCUCCACUUUCCUGGUCGGGAACCUGGCGACCCGUCUGGCUGGGGUGUAUUGUUGUGUGAUGAUUGGUGACCACAUACGUUGACUUAAGGAGGGAAAUCGAAUAAACAUUGGCAUACA